UUUAGCCCCGGGUUUUUUUUUAGCCUAGGGACGCCACUGGUACGCGAACAGUCCGCCAGUAUCUCGCGAGCUGCUUCCACUGACACAUCCCGAGCGCGUCACGCCCACACGCGCACCAUGUCGGCCGAAAAAGGUCAAACCCUGAAGAUGCUGGUCCACAUGAGUCAGGCCAAGAGGGUUCUAGAGAUCGGGAUGUUCACCGGCUACGGUGCGCUGUCGAUGGCCGAGGGGCUUCCCGAGGACGGCUGCUUAGUCGCCUGCGAGUUGGAGCCGUACCUCAAAGAAUUUGCUCAGCCCAUUUUUGACAAGUCUCCACAUGGCAGGAAGAUCGCUGUCAGGAAUGGGUGCGCCAUGGACACCCUGAAGGAAUUGGCUGCUGCAGGUGAGCAGUUUGACGUGGUCGUCAUCGAUGCUGACAAGGAUAAUUACAUCAACUACUACAACUUUAUCCUGGACAACAGUCUGCUGACAUUGCGAGGGGUCAUAUGUGUCGAUAACACGCUGUUCAAAGCCAAGGUCUAUCUUCAAGACACGACGGACGCCAACGGGCUGGCGCUCACAGAAUUCAACCAGUUUGUCCGAGAUGAUCCACGUGUGGAGCAGGUCAUCAUCCCUCUUCGAGAUGGCAUCAGUGUUAUCCGUCGGGUGUCUGUGUCCUCCGACUGCUCAAGGACCAACAGUAAAAUAACGGAUGCCGAGGUUUUCCGCGGGGUCAAGGGGCGCCCCAUCCUCGAUCGAAUGCGCCUCGACGGAAAGGUGGCCUACGUGACGGGUGCUGGGCAGGGCAUAGGUCGCGCUUUCGCCCACACCCUGGGGGAGGCAGGCGCCAAGGUGGCCGUGGUUGACCUGGACCGAGACAAAGCCGAGGCGGUGGCUGGAGAGCUCUUCCUCAAGGGCAUCAUUGCCAUCUCGAUCACAGCUGACAUUAGCAAAUCGGUCGAUGUUCAGAGGAUGAUUGACGACAUUGUCUCCAGAUGGGGGGCGGUCCACGUCGCCUGCAACAACGCCGGCAUCAACAUGAACUCGGCCAGCGAAGACACCAGUCUGGAGGAGUGGGACCAGACCUUCGACGUCAACCUGAGGAGGACUUUCAGGUGCUGCCAGGCAGCAGGUCGAGUGAUGUUGAAGCAAGGAUACGGCAAGAUUAUCAACACAGCCUCCAUGGCCAGUCUAAUAGUCCCCCAUCCACAGAAGCAGCUUUCCUACAACACGUCCAAGGCCGGAGUGGUCAAACUCACUCAGACUCUGGGCACUGAAUGGAUUGAUAGAGGAGUGCAUGUCAACUGCAUCUCCCCGGGGAUUGUUGACACCCCUCUCAUCCACUCGGAGAGUCUGAUGCCUCUGGUGCAGCGCUGGCUGUCAGAUAUCCCUGCUGGUAGACUGGCUCAAGUGACAGACCUGCAAGCUGCAGUGGUCGACUUGGCAUCUGACGCCUCCGACUACAUGACAGGGCAUAACUUAGUCAUAGAGGGUGGGCAAAGUCUGUGGUAGAUGAAGAGAUGAAAACUUUUUUUUAGAUAUCUUUAUUUUUCCUCUUCGCUCUCCCGGGAUUAGUCUCCCAAACAGGUGGCAUUCACAUUAUCUCCUUUUCGAUACAUUCGCAUCAGUCAAGCUUAAAUCUGUUCAACCUUUUUCAAAGUCAAAAUCUGUUUUAUCGUGUGAAGAAGAUAAAUGUUAGCGUUUUUUCUUUUUUCUUUGCUCCUGUAUAGAGAGGCAAUGUCCCGCCCAUUCUGGUGUCUCCCAUUGGACCUUAUUUCAGAGUGGCGAAAGAAAAGUAUUGUUUUGAUCCUGUUUGAAGCGUGCCAUGAAUUACACAUAAUGGUGUUUGUCCAAUCAAACCGAUCAGUGAACUACAUCACUGGUCUCGAGCAAUGAACGUCAACUGCAUCGACGUGGCCGCUACCAUGGCUCGCUAGCUCGGUAACGUAGCUACGCUCGUAGCGUAGCUAUGAUCGUAACGUAGCUAUGAUCGUAGCGUAGCUAUUCUGAUAAUGCAGCUAUCCUCAUGCAAAAACAAAUAUGUUUAAGUUUUUUAUCCAGGGACUCAUUUCAGCCGCUGGGAAUCAAAAAAGACCCGUUGAUUUUUAGUUGUGUAGUCUAUCCAAUUACGUAUUUUCACGGUCUGAAACUUCAACGUUUUUUUAGGACAAAAGAAAUGUCUGUGAACAAAAAAGAAGAAAUCUGUUACUGCGCCUUGAAACGUGUCGCAAUCUUUGUUAAUGUUGUCUCAAAAAACACUGGAAGAAACUCGUAUUUGACGCCCACGAAAGAAAGUCUAUUUGUGUUUGUAGCACUGUUUCAUACAAAUGACGUUCAACAUGCUUUUGCAGGAUAAUAUGGCGGUUUUGUAUUAUGACGACAACAAAAAAACGCCGCUUCUUUGCAUGCUAUUAAUUAUUAUGCGCCAGUGGAAUUUCUGAAUGACCAAAUAAAUUGGAACAUAUGAGCUGCAGUGUCUGCGGCCCGUUAUUACAGUGUGUAUAUAUGUUUAAAUGUUCACAUAAAAUAGAGCAGCAGAAUGAUUGGAUCAGUGAUGCCGGUGAGUUGUGUCGUGCACCUUGGCUCCCCCCACAUCCCUCUGGUCCAAGACUUGUACCGUGUGUGCAGGAUUUACAGCAUCCCGGUGCGCCUCUCUCCACCACUUCCUGGUCAAAUGGUCCCCCCCCCCCCACACACACACACACAAGUGGUGCUUGUGAGCGCCAUCUUAAUUGCUCCAUUAACUGUUUGUGCGCUGAAAAACAAUACUUAAAGGAGAGGUCACUCGAGGACGUGACCUCAGACGCUGCAAUUAUAGGAAAAGUAGCGGCCAAUUAGCGCCCUCUGCAAUGUGACACUGUUGCUGUUUAUGUGGGAAAACUUCAACUUCUCACUGUUAGUGACCAGUCGCUGAUUUACAUAAUUGAGGGAUUGGUCAUUAAUGGAAAUGGCGUGUGAGAGGAUCCCAUUAAGAUAUGGAGUGAGAUCUGAUCACCUCCUCUGCUCCGUGCUAUUUAUCUCCAGCUGCAUUGGCACGUUAGAAAUUAUUAGGAUUCUUAUCCUCGUACUUAACGGUCAAAAUAUCAAAGUUUGCACGCAAGGUCUCGCUGAAUGUGUUCACACAAAGGCAAAUUGUCUUCUUUUUUUGUAGGGCACUUGCCUCUUUUGCCACUGAGGGGCAGUAUAAAGGCAGGCAGCCGCAGCAUGAGGAUACAACGUUCCAACGAGAGGUUAUCACAUUAUUUGCUAUCAUCUAAAGGUAAUAACAGUGAACCCUGUCUUUACGUGCAUGACAUGCAAUAAGUACACCUCUCCGAUUCUAGUGUGCAAACAGCUCAAAGUGUGCGACAAUCAAAGAAAGCCUGAACAAAUACUCAUAUUUUCAAUUAAAAGUGGUUUGAUAGUGGACAGUUGCAUUUCAAAUGCAUAAAAAAAAGAAGUUAAUUCUCAUAAUUUUUCAAGAGGAGAUUGGAGCAGCCUUUAGAGUCCAGAGACGAUGGAGCGCAAAUAUGAAUCUGUGACACUAUAAAUGAUAAAUUACUAAAUCUAUUUGCAUCUGCGGACCAAAUUUACCGAAUACAAAUAGGAUCCCAGCUAGUUUUUUUGUUCGUUUUGACAGUUAUCUGGCAGAUAAAGGGGAUUGUUGCAGCCCAGCUCAACAGAAGGGAUGCACAGUUGAGAUCAAAAGCUGCUCUUACCAGCUUUUCACUGACAUCAUCCAGCAGCUAAACUUGUUUUUCGUCGUCAUGUUUUGCACCACAGACGAGACUCUUUCCCGGCCCACUUGGAGGCCUUGUUUUCCUUUACAAUUGCGAGCUAAAAAGACCAUAUCUAUAAUUUUGAGCAGCAGAAUGUGAUAUCGCCUCGAAUGCCUGCUUCAUGAAGUGUAAGUGAUCUUGAAUCCAUUAUUUAUGACCUCCUUUUGCUACCAUUACACUGCCGAGAGCGGGACCCUGGUGUACAAAGCGCUGUUGUGCUAAACAGUUCUCCGGCAGGGGGAGAAAAAAAAAGGGCACUUGCGCCCUCACACUUGAAAUCAACUUUGAUUAAUGCCCGGCUCUGUCACGGCGUGCAACAUUUUACAGCAGCAGGCGCUCGGAGGGAGACCCGGGUCGAUGGCGAACAACACGAUGAGGCAAUGUGUGUCGCUGAGCAGGCGGUGUCCCGGUGACACCGCCUGCUCAGAGGACCCAAGGGUUUAUGGAUGACAUAUUAACAUUUGACAAUAUCAAUACACUUUUAUUGAUGGAUUAUGGCGUCCUGUUACAUACCCACUCAGUGAGAUGUUUGAGGAUGAAAUGUGGUACCUCUUAUAAAUUGAGUUGAGCCCCCUCAUGAUGCUAUCAUCUUGAGGUGGGACUGCGCAACAGCGAAGGGAAAAUGUCAACAUUUAUCUUCCAAUAAACUGUGAACAUUUAACUCAAUGACCCAAAUUGAUUCAAUUUGACUAAUUACCUCAUGGAAAAUCUGAUCCUCAUUUAGCUUCCAAACAAAAGUAAAGCCGCUCACCUCCUAAACCCCCUCGCUUUGUCCCUUUGGAAUAAAAAGCGGCUAAAAUAACAUACCCAAAAUGAAUCAGGGAUGGCUCCUUUAUAUCUGGUCUCCUUUGAAGAAGCUGGAAGUAAACUAACCUAUAUUACCAUUCGAGAGGAAAUAGAGAACCAAUGAAGGAAACAAUAAGAUUAUUAUUAUUAUUCUCAUUUAGGAUAAAAAAUAUCAAUUUCAGAGGCAAUAUCACUGAAAAAAUCAUGAUACAACUGGAUGUCUCCUAGUACUCUGUAACUGUAUACGUUUGAUGGAAAACACCCAAAUACAACAUUUAUGAUAAAAUGUAUGAAGACAUACUCUGUAUGUUUGUCUGUUUUGGCCAUGUGUGCUGUUUGGUGGAGGUUUACUUCAAAACACUUUAUUUCCAUAGAGCCAUGUUACAAAUAACAUGAAUCUAUUCCAAAACAUUGAGAGAGUAAUAAACACACUUAAUUCCGCAUUGAUAUUACUUUCCGCCUGCUCAUAUGUGGUUUUCUGAUGGAUAUAAUAAACAUGUAAGGAACUAUAAUUUGACGUUUUGGGUGAAAAUGAAGUACUCAUUUGGUGAAAUAUCUUGAUAAGAACAUUUAUUUCAGUGUAACCGGGUGACGACGCAAAGCAUCAUUUUGUGGUCUGAAAAAAAAGUAUCCGGUAUCUUUUUCAUGAAAACUUGUUCUUAUAUUUACAAAGUUUAUAUCGGCACAAGUUGCUCUAUCAGCGGUUAGGGGCGUGGCUAGGCGUUUUGUUGCCUCCGGACAAAUCUUCUGCUGAUUCCAGUCUUAAUGCUGAGCUAAGCUAAUCUGCUGCUCGUACCAGCUUCAUGUUUGCCGGCAAGAAAGCAAACUGGCGUCCCUCCCCCCUCAAAAAAAUGUCACGCAACUCUAAUUGUUCCCUCGACACCACAAACUGAACAAUAUUUACAAGUUCACGUCUAUUUAUUUAAGUAAAUUCUCCCUCCAAAAGCUCCAACUGCUGUUUCAUUGUAAUCAUGAGAGGUUGCAUCAAGUUAGAUAAGCCUUUUGUGUUCUCAUGCGAUUCUGUUCUGUGUGUGUGUGUGUGUGUGUGUUGCACUUGACUCGCUGAAGGCACUGGAUCAUUGUCUUCCCAUGUUUGUUAUCUCAUGUGUUAUUCAUUGAAAAGCUGUUUUUCUGUUUGCGCUCCUCAUGCUACGUGGUGCCUUCACAUGGGGUCACUUUAACUGGCUGCUGUGUGUACUUGGAUGGAUUGCCAAUAAAUACAAGUGUGAGGACUUUGUCAAGCUGCAUUAUUAGGCCAUAUCAUAUUCCCUUUGUAUGCAUGUGGGGUGAAUAGCACAAAUAGGUUUUCUUUAGAACUUUUUUGACCAAAACCAGGUUUCACAUAUUGUAUUUGUUUUCCUUUCUAAGUUUCUUGGCUUUACAAUGCAGGAUUUGUCAUAAUUAAAUAAAAACAUACCUGGUGUGUU